GGGUGGCACUGGAUUAGGACUCGCAAUCGUUAAGCAUAUUGUACGCUGUCACAACGGCAGGAUAUGGCUGGAAAGCACACUCGGACAAGGCAGCACAUUCUAUGUCGCCCUGCCUCUAUGAAUGUGCCGUCUUAUAAAAUAAGGCUAAAUUUUCCACGCUCUUGCGUGUAAGCCAUCUCCCCAAAAAAGGUACUCAUAACGACUACUCAACAAGA